CCGGACGAGCCGGGCCACCGAGGACCGCGCGUGCAGUGGGGGAGCGCUUUGCGGGGGACACCGGGCUGCCCCGGGCCGGCCGCGAUGCUCCCCUCUUUGCAGGAGUCUCUGGACGGGGACGAGAAGGAGCUGGAGAGCAGCGAGGAGGGCGGCCCGGCCGAGGAGCGGAGACUCGAGCCGCCGCCCAGCAGCCACUACUGUCUCUACAGCUACCGUGGAAGCAGAUUGGCACAGCCGCGAGGGGAUAGUGAAGAUGGAAGUCCAAGUGGCACAAACGCAGAAACUCCCUCUGGUGAUGACUUCAGCCUCUCCUUGGUGGAUACUAAUCUGCCAUCUGAAGUGGAGCCAGAGCUGCGCAGCUUCAUUGCUAAGCGUCUUUCCAAGGGAGCCGUCUUCGAGGGCCUGGGUAAUGUUGCAUCAGUGGAGCUGAGGACUCCAGGCUACCGGGUUGGUUGUUACUACUGCCUUUUUCAACAAGACCGACCACUUCCCGAAACUGCAAACAUGGACUCUGAAUACAGCUCUUCUGACUAUGUGGUCUGCUUCUUAGGAGGGUCGGAGAAAGGACUUGAGCUUUUCAGGCUUGAAUUGGACAAGUACAUUCAAGGGCUGAAAGAUAAAUUGAACUGUGAGGAAAGUGGCAUAGAAGUACACAUUAAGUCCUACCUGAGCAGCUGGUUCGAAGAUGUUGUAUGCCCGAUCGAAAGGGUGGUUCUUCUCUUUCAGGAGAAGCUUAACUUUCUGCUACAUGCUGCUCUAAGUUACACUCCUGUUGAGGUUAAAGAAUCAGAUGAAAAAACAAAGAGAGACAUUAACAGGUUUCUGAGUGUGGCCAGUCUCCAGGGCCUUAUUCACGAAGGCACCAUGACCUCUCUGUGUAUGGCCAUGACCGGGGAGCAGCACAGGUCGGUGGUCAUCGAUUGCAGCGGCCCCCGGCCGCAGGUCUACAACGCAGGAAGCAACCGGUUUUGUGAAGAUUGGAUGCAGGCUUUUUUAAAUGGUGCUGAAGGAGGUAAUCCUUUUCUUUUCCGACAAGUGCUGGAGAACUUUAAACUGAAGGCCAUACAAGACACAAAUAAUUUGAAGAGAUUUAUCCGACAGGCAGAAAUGAAUCAUUAUGCUUUAUUUAAAUGUUACAUGUUCCUAAAGAACUGUGGUAGUGGAGAUAUCCUCUUGAAGAUUGUUAAAGUGGAACAUGAAGAAAUGCCAGAAGCAAAAAAUGUGGUAGCAGUCCUGGAAGAAUUUAUGAAAGAAUCUUUUUCUUAAAAUUUUUGAUCAAAUGUCUUGGGACAAUUAUAUGUUGUAUAACUGAGCCUUGAAGUUUGGAAUUGCAGUUGUAAUUGUUGAUAGGAAAUGUGUUCUAGAUUCUUUUUUUUCAUUUUUUACUUUAAAAUUUUAACUUAAUUCAACAUUCAAUCCGAGGAGAAUCAGAGCUGGAGAGAUAGCACAGCGGGUAGGGCGUUUGCCUUGCACACGGCCGACCCGGGUUUGAUUCCCACCCAGCAUCCCCUAUGGUCACCCAAGCACCGCCAGGGGUAAUUCCUAAGUGCAAAGCCAGGAGUAACCCCUGUGCAUCGCUGGGUGUGACCCAAAAAGAGCAAAAAAAAAAAAAAAAAAAAAAAAACUUGUAAAGCUGCAGGAGGCGUUGGGGAGAGCUCAGAGAUCUGGAGCACAUGCUCUGCGUGAACCAGCCCCUGGCUCGACGUGCAUCAUGACAUGGUCCCCUGAGAGCCUCCAGGACUGAAGCCCCUCAAACUCAUUGAGCUGGUAGUAUUCCUCGGAACACUAAACAGGGUGUGGGCUCCAAAUCAAAACCAAACCAAAAUAAAACUUAAGGAUUUCUUUGUGACAUCUCCAGGAAUUUGCUGUGAUUCUAAGCAAUUUUUUUUCCUCCUGGAAGAAUGAUAGUAUUUCUUUUCAAUGGACACCAGCAUCUUUUUUAAAAAAGUGAACUCCUGGCAGUCAGAGAGAUAGUAUAAGGCACUUCUUUGCCUUGGACACGGCAGACCUGGGUUUGAUCCCUGGUACCUCAUAUGGUCCCUUGAGCACUGCCAGGAGUGAUCCCCUGAGCACAGAGCCAAGAGUAAGUCCUGAUCAUUGCCAGGGAUGACCCAAAAGAACAAGAACUAAAUAAUAAAAAAUGAACUCCUGGGCUAGAGAGAGAGCACAGGGGUUAAAUCACUUGCCCUGCAUGCAGCUGAUCCGAGUUUGACCUCUCGUACCACUUAGAGUGUCCCAAGUACCACCAGGACUGAUCCCUAAACAGAGUGAGGAGUAGCCUCUGAGCACCGAGGGGUGUGGCCUCCACUCCAUAGCCCCCCCAAAAGUACUCCUAAUUCGGGACAGAGAGCAAAAUUGAAACCUUUUUAGAGACAAAUCUGUGCAUCCUGUGGGUGCUUGAUAGAUUUCUUUUUGUCUACUAGGCAAUGGAAGGGCGAUGAAGCCACCUUUGUCAAUAUGCAAGUAAAUCUUGAUUGUACCAGAAGUUAAAUAAGCUUUAAAAUAGAUUCACUUGCUCCAAGAUAAAACAUUGUAUCUGAUGGAACACUACUCUGUUAGUGAUUUCUAUCAUUUCCUUUCUUCAUUUGUUCAUAGUUAUUUGCCAGAGCUCUGUUUUUCCCCUUUUAGAUGAAAACGCUUGUUUUUAGACAGAGCGUUAAGCAGGGUGUUAAAAAAGAAACAGUACAUGAAUUUUUCAAGCCAACUGUAGCAUAAGGAAUGCAAACAGAUUCUUUAUGUCAGAGUUGCUCAUUGAUUUUUUUUGUUCUUUGUACAUUAGUCACAAACCUCAUACUGUUUUACUGUGAAAGUGCCCUCAGCUAGAGCCAUUUACAAUAAUCCCCAUAGAAGUCAGUUGUAACCACACACAUGACUGCAGUUUGCUCUGCACAGCUCUUUAAUAAAUCCAUUUGAUAAUGAUUUUUUGUUUAGAAGAUCAGAAGUCUUGUUUUCUCACUGCCCCCAUUAUACUCAGAGGACUAUAGACCCAUAAAAUCCUCUCUUUGACUCCUCUGAAUUCAUAUUACGUUCUGAGUUUUGACUUUGAAAAUGACUGAUAAAAGCUUCCUCUGUUCCCCUCCUCAGAAGUCUGGAGAUGUGACUAUGACUCACUUUCUUUUCUUUUAGGAGAAAUACAAUUCAAGAGAUCCAGAAAGGUUUUCACAUAGUUUUAAACUUUAAUAAUGUGGAUUGUACUCAGUCUAUUAAAAACAAAAUUCUGAGAAGCAUCUUUAUAGCAUUAAGUUCAUUUAGAAUGAUGAGAAAUCAGCAAUUUUAAUGAUACUCUCCUUCAAUCUGACUUUUUCUAAUAGGCUUGGAUAUCAGCCCUUUUUAAUUUUCGGGGGAGGGUUUGGGCCAUCCCCAGCUGUGUUCAGGACUUACUUCUACCUCUUAGGGAUCACUCCUAGUGGUGGUCAGAAGACCGUUUGUGGUGCUGGGGAUUGAACCAGGGUCGGCUCUGUGCAAGUCAAACUACCCUACCCCUUGUACUGUUGAUUCAUAUUUUUGUUGUUCUCCAAAACUGAGCCCAUCCUACACCCAAGACAUGCACUCUACCAAUGAGCUACAACCUUAACCAGAAAUCAAUUUAAUUGUCAAGAGCAAUAUUAGAAUAUCAUCAUCUUGAAUCUGGAAGACAUACAUUUAAUUUUCAAAUUCAUAUGUCAUUCCAGAUCCAUGUUGUAAAUUGCUUUUAAAGCAAUGAUCUGCCUGCUUCAAAUCCUUUAUGGAUACAGACAAGGUAUAAGUAUAUAUUCUUUCCUGCACCUCUAUAUAUGUAUUAGUGCCAGAGAUUCACCCAGGGCCUCACACAUGUGAGGUAUGUGAUCUACUACUGAGCCACCAUCCCUAGCUCCUGUAUGUAGUAUUUGUAAUGUAGAAUGUAGUAUGUAAUAUAUGUAUAAUACAGAGUCAUUCACCAAGAAUAUAUAAUAUAAAAUCACUAUACGAAGUUGAAUACGAUGCACUCUUCUUUAAUUCUGGCUCUGGGGCCGCACAUCGCAGUGCUCAGAAUUCUUCCCACUCAGUGCUCAGGGGACCAUAUAUAUAUAUAUAUAUAUAUAUAUGUAUAUAUAUAUAUAUAUAUAUAUAUGUGGUGCCAGUGAUUGAACCCGGGCUGGGAGCAUGUAAAAGCAAGUACGUUAACUCUGUAUUAUCUCUUCAGCCUCUAAUGUUAUUUUAUAUUUUAUUUUACAAAUCUGUGACAGGGCCAGAGAAGCAACUCUGGGCUGAGCAUGUACUAUGGACGUGGGAGGUCAGGGGCCAGGUCCGCUCCCUGGCACUGUGUGGUCUCCCGAGCACUUGUGGGAGCCACUCUUGUUUGUUUUUUUUUUUUGGGGGGGGGCACACCUGGCAGUGCUCAGGGGUUACUCCUGGCUCUGCAUCCAGGAAUUACUCCUGGUGGGCUUGGGGGGCCAUUUGGGAUAUAGGGGAUCGAACCUGGGUUGGCGGCAUGCAAGGCAAACGCCCUCCCCAAUGUACCCUGGGAGCCAGUCUUGAGCACAGAACUGGAAGUAGCCCCAGAACACCACCAGGUGCGGCCCAGAACCUGAAAAUAAAAGUCUGUGACAAACUGUAUUUUAUGAGUGUAGAUGAGGAAAAUAGUGACAUGGGGGACAAGCUCUUGUUGACCUUGAGAAGAAUCUCACAGUGCUUAUGUUCAUAAACACUUUCUAGAUCUACAUUUUAAUGAACUAAUAUAUUUUUCAAGUUUUAUAAUUUGUUUAAGUGUUUCCAUAUUUGUGUUAUCUGUGUGCUGUAUAUACAGAGGAAAUGUAUGUCAUAUAAAAACAGUCUCAGUUUAUCUGUAAUUAUAUAUUAUUGUAACAAUAAUAAAUAAUUCAACUUCUCACCAUGCA